AAACCAGACAGAUUAUUGGAUUUAUAAGACGCUAUGAUUUCCGACCCUCUAUGCUGCCCCAUGAACGCCCCGCAGUGUGUUUGGAUGUCCCGACAUGCAUUGCGGCCGGGGUGACCGGGAGGGAGAGACAGCAGUAAUGGCGGCCGGUUAGCUACACACACAGACACCGAGUCACAGCAGCCUCUCACACCGGAGCUGACACACGGGCUCCGGGAGGGCACGGGAACCCUUCAGCGGGGAAUCUAACUUCUAGUGUUAUUAAAAACAAAUAUGGAUGAGCAGCCUGGAGGAGGAGGAGGAGGUGCAGGAGGUGGAGCCCUGCAGCAGCCGUGCAGCAGCAGCAGCAACAGAGGAGGAGGUGGUGGUGGUGGUGGUGGAGGUGGAGGAGUCAUGGUGCCCCACCAGCCGGAGGAGCUGCCCCGGCCCCAGCAGCAGUACACCAUCCCCGGCAUCCUGCACUACAUCCAGCACGAAUGGGCCCGCUUCGAGAUGGAGAGGGCCCACUGGGAGGUGGAGAGGGCCGAGCUGCAGGCGAGGAUAGCGUUCCUGCAGGGAGAGAGGAAGGGUCAGGAGAACCUGAAGAACGACCUGGUCAGAAGAAUAAAGAUGUUAGAAUACGCGUUAAAGCAGGAAAGAGCAAAAUAUCACAAGUUAAAAUACGGAACAGAGUUAAACCAAGGAGAGAUGAAGAUGCCAAGCUUUGAAUCAGACACCAAAGACUCUGAGGUCUCUGCUGUUCCCGCCAACAGUCAGCUCACCUGGAAACAAGGAAGACAAUUACUCAGACAGUAUCUACAGGAGGUGGGGUACACAGACACCAUCCUGGACGUUCGUACUCAGAGAGUUCGCUCUCUGCUCGGUCUGUCGGGUUCCGAGCAGAACGGAUCCGUAGAGAACAAGAACCUGCAGCACCUGAUCAACGGGACGGAGCGCCGCAAGGACAGCAAGAGGACUCCAGGUGACGUUCUGGAGACGUUUAACUUCCUGGAGAACGCAGAGGACAGCGAUGAAGACGAGGAUGAGGAAGGAGACCUGAUGGACGACAUCAGCACCGACAAACACCACCGAGCCAAGAAACACAAGACCAAGGUGGGAAACGAGGGCUUGGCGUCGGAGGACGACGCCGACACGGAGGAAGCGCUGAAGGAGUUUGACUUCCUGGUGACGGCCGAGGACGGCGAAGGAGCCGGCGAGGCGCGGAGCUCCGGAGACGGGACGGAGUGGGGUGACCUCUGCCCAUUCCCCACCGGCGGGGGGAAGUCCUUCCUGUUGGGGGGGGCUGACGACGUCCUGGAGAGCGUGCUGGGAUUGGGCGACCUCGCUGACCUCACCGUCACCAACGACGAAACAGACUACAGCUACGAUCUGCCGUCCAGUAAGGAGUCUUCGUUCAGGAAGACGUGGAACCCUAAGUACACGCUGCGGAGUCACUUUGACGGCGUCCUGCGAGCGUUGGCCUUCCACCCCGUCGAGCCCUGCCUGGUCACCGUGUCCGGAGGAUCACACGCUCAACUGUGGAACCUCACCAAGACCGUCCCCGCCAAAAAAAGUGCCUCUUUUGAUGUGGAACCCAUCUACACAUUCAGAGCUCAUGUUGGUCCAGUGUUGUCGUUGGCGAUGACUUCCAGUGGUGAGCAGUGUUUCAGUGGAGGCCUCGACGCUACGAUCCAGUGGUGGAACAUCCCGAGCUCUAAUGUAGACCCAUACGACACCUACGAUCCGAGCGUCCUGGCCGGCUCGUGGGCGGAGCAUACGGACGCUGUGUGGGGAUUGGCUUACAGCGGCAUCAAGAACCGCCUCCUGUCGUGCUCAGCCGACGGGACGGUGAAGCUGUGGAACCCGCAGGAGAAGAACCCCUGCAUCAGCACUUUCAACACCAACAAGGAGCACGGCAUCCCCACGGCGGUGGACUUUAACGGGUGUGACCCCGCCCACAUGGUCGCGUCCUUUAACAGCGGCGACGUCGUGGUUUAUGACCUGGAGACUUCCCAGCAUGCACUGGUGCUGAAGGGUCAGGGAGAGGGCA